GCCGAUUUUCUCCAAACGACUCCCAGCCAUGAUCUAUUUUGACAACUAAAAGUAGGGUUAGAAAGUCAUGCCAACAUAAUCCGAACGAAUUGUGGUAAAAUCACCGUAAAAUCUGAUUGUUUAGGUUGGCCCUGCUCGCUUAACCAAACUUUCUAGUUGUCAAAAUCAGUGUAAGUAAUUUCACGUGUAUUAUUUAAAUCGGCGUGGAAAUGGUUGAAGUAACGAAAGAACAAAUUCAAAAAAUCGGUGACCUAUUAAACGACCCGAAAAGGCCACUGAAAGAAAGGUUUCGUGCCUUGUUUACGCUGAGAAAUAUCGGCGGGCCCCUUUCUAUAGAGAGCAUAGAAAAAUGCUUUUGUGACAGUAGUACUUUGUUGAAGCACGAGUUGGCAUAUUGUUUGGGCCAGAUGCAAGAUAAAACGGCCAAUCCCGUGCUUGUUAAAGUGCUGGAGAAUGUCAACGAAGAAGCCAUGGUUCGACAUGAAGCAGCUGAAGCCUUGGGAGCGAUUGGCAGCCCUGAGAGCUUAACCAUACUGCAAAAAUACAGCACCGACAACGCUGUAGAGGUGGCGGAAACCUGUCAACUGGCUCUGGAACGAAUAAAGUGGUUGGAAAACCAAGAAAACGGAAAACUGACGCAAAACCCUUACCAUUCAGUGGACCCGGCCCCCCCUACGGAGGCAAAAAGCGUGGACGAACUGAAAAACACGCUCCUCGACGAGUCGGCCAGUUUGUUCGACAGAUACAGAGCCAUGUUUUCGCUUCGCAACGUUGGCAGCAAGGAGUCAGUAUUGGCUCUGGGGGAGGCACUGGAUUGCGGCAGCGCCCUCUUCCGGCACGAAAUCGCGUUCGUUUUGGGGCAGAUGCAGGACGCGAACGCAGUGCCGUACUUGAAAAAAUCGCUCGAAAAAAGCGAAGAGAGCGCAAUGGUGAGGCACGAGUGCGCAGAAGCACUAGGCGCCAUCGCCACGGACGAAUGCACUGAAGUUUUGAAUAAGUAUUUGAAGGAUAACGCCCAAGUCGUGAAGGAGAGUUGCGAGAUAGCAUUGGAUAUGUGCGAGUAUGAAAACAGUGCCGAGUUUCAGUACGCCAACGCUCUCAGCAUAUCAGCCGAAAAAUAAAAUUAUUUUACGUAUUUUUACAAUAUAUUUUUAAGUUAUAUCU